UCAGCGAGAGGCAGCGAAAGGGGCCAUUAUUUUUUCCUGUAUUCUAUUCCAGUGUUGCGUUGCGUCUUAGUGAGUGACACUGCGACAAAACGAAGGCGCAAAAGCGAAACUCGACGCGUUUGAAUCUCGUCUCGUUCUGAUAAUGGAGGUGGAGUUGGAGCCUCGCGUGAAGGCUCUUUCGUUCAAAGUGAAAGCCAUGUCCAGAGAAUCGCCGUCGCAGAAAGCGCUCCACGUUCUCGACACCGACCUCCGCACGCACUGGUCCACCGCCACCAACACCAAGGAAUGGAUCCUUCUGGAACUCGAUGAGCCUUGCCUAUUGUCGCAUAUACGUAUUUAUAACAAGUCUGUACUUGAGUGGGAAAUUGCGGUCGGCUUACGUUACAAGCCAGAGACAUUUCAGAAAGUUCGUCCACGUUGUGAAGCACCUAGACGAGACAUGAUCUACCCUACAAAUUACACUCCAUGCCGAUAUGUGAGGAUAUCUUGUUUGCGUGGAAAUCCCAUUGCCAUUUUCUUUGUUCAGCUAAUAGGAGUUCCUGUGGCUGGUCUUGAACCUGAAUUUCAACCAGUUGUUAAUUACUUGCUACCUCAAAUUCUAUCACACAAACAGGAUCCUCAUGAUAUUCGUCUCCAGCUGUUGCAAGACAUGACAAGUCGGUUGCUUGUUUUUCUUCCACAACUAGAGACAGACCUUUCAAGCUUUCCAGAUAGUCCUGAGUCUAACCUCCGAUUUCUUGCCAUGCUUGCUGGUCCUCUUUAUCCUAUUCUUCAUGUGGUGAAUGAAAGGACAACUUCAAAGCCUCCUGGCAAUAUGACUGAUCUUGAUGUCUCCAAAAGUAGUCAACUGUCACCUACCCUAACUGUUUCCUCUAACUUUGAGCCAAGGAGAUCACGAAGUGCAUCACCUUUAAUUUUAUCUGCAUACCGUGCCAUAGUUUUUAGGCCAGAUGCAAUUUUUGUGCUUUUGAGAAAGGCAUAUAAAGAUUCUGAUCUGGGCUCUGUUUGUAGAAUGGCAUCUAGAAUUAUGCAGAAGCUCAUAAAUCCUGAUACUGAGCAAGAUGUGUCAAACCCUCGAGAUGAAGUAACAUCUCUUACGGAAGAUAAAUCAAAUUUGGAACUGUCUAGUCCUUUCACUUUAGUUGAUUAUUCAAACCUCUUGGGUGAGGAGUUCCGGAUACCAGAUGAGCAGUGGGAUUGCAGCUAUCUUAACAUAUUAGAUAUGGCAGCGGUGGAAGAAGGGAUCUUACACGUUCUUUAUUCUUGUGCUUCACAGCCUGUUCUUUGCAGCAAGUUGGCAGAAAGAUCUUCAGACUUUUGGGUUGCACUGCCACUUGUUCAAGCUCUGCUGCCAGCUCUACGCCCAUGGGUGAGCAAUUCUUAUGAUGCUGUUGAUGACACUUUUUCUCAGUGGAAGCAACCUAUUGUACAACAGGCCUUAUCUCAGGUUGUUGCUACUGCAACAUCAGCAACAUAUCGCUCGCUUGUUCAGGCUUGUGCUGGUUAUCUGUCUUCAUACUCGCCAUCUCAUGCUAGGGCUGCAUGUGUACUUAUUGAUCUGUGUUGUGGUGUGCUGGCACCGUGGAUGACUCAAGUGAUUGCGAAGGUUGAUCUUGCUCUGGAGCUUUUGGAGGAUCUUUUGGGAAUAAUCCAAGAUGCUCACAAUUCACUUGUUCGUGCACGUGCUGCCUUGAAAUAUAUUGUGCUAGCUUUAUCUGGGCAUAUGGAUGACAUACUAGGAAAAUAUAAGGAAGUCAAACACAAAAUCCUCUUUCUUGUGGAGAUGCUGGAACCUUUUCUUGAUCCUGCCAUUGCUGUAUCAAAAAGCAAAAUAGCUUUUGGAGAUUUAGCUUCUUCAUUUCCAGAAAAGCAGGAACAAAAUUGCACGAUUUCUCUAAAUAUCAUUCGUACUGCUGUACGAAAGCCAGCCGUGCUGCCUUCUUUGGAAUCAGAAUGGAGGCAUGGAUCUGUGGCUCCUAGCGUGCUUCUCUCAAUAUUGGAACCACACAUGUUAUUGCCACCUGAUGUUGACCUUUGCAAGUCAGUUUUGAGACCAACUGAUCAUGAAACUGCAUCUAUUUCACCUCUUUCUGCUGGUAUUAGUAGUGGAGGUGCUUUUUCCAAGUUAAGUGGUCAAGAUGAGCCCGAUGGAAAAGCAGAUAUUUCAGAAACAGCUGGAAAAUCUGACUCUGUUGAAGACCGUAAUCUACUUUUUGCCCCACCAGAAUUGCAGAGUAUGACAUUGACAAAUUUCUCUAAUGUUCCUAAUCAAAAUAGCUCUGUUUCUAACACUGGGGAUAUGAGCUUGGAAUCCAAACAUGCAGUUGAGAAACACUCUGCCCAUCAUUUUCCUACUAAUGUCUUGGAUGCUGGCCUUGGUUUUGAAUACUUCAACCUACAGGAAGAUUAUUUUCAACUUCUAAACUACAAUGAUUGUGAACUUCGUGCUUCUGAGUUUAGACGCUUGGCUUUAGAUUUGCAUUCUCAGAAUGAUGUCACUGUUGAAAGCCAUGAUGCUGCAAUUGAUGCUCUGCUAUUAGCAGCAGAAUGCCAUGUAAAUCCUUAUUUUAUGUUUUCUAUUGGAGCCUCUUCAAAACUUGCUGACCUUUUGAACAUUAAUGAAUGCAAAAUGGUCCAGUCUCAUCAUGAUAAUGUCAAAGUUAAAAGAGCUUCUGGAAAGUGUAAACCUAAUUUAGAAACUAUUGCACAAAUAGAAAGAAAAAGGGAUAGACUUGUUUUUCACAUACUUCUUGAGGCUGCAGAAUUGGACAGGAAAUAUCAUUCAAGAGUAUCUAAUGGGGAGGAUGGUCCUUAUGCUGCUGAAGGUUUUGAUGAACAGGUUGUAAAGCUGUCUCCCCUUGAUGUGCAAUAUGCAGAUGCUCUAACCUUGGUUCGACAAAACCAAGCUCUGCUGUGUAACUUUUUGAUCCAACGGUUGCAGGGAGAUCAAAUCUCCAUGCAUGAAAUUCUCCUGCAGAGUCUUGUGUACUUUUUACACACGGGCACCAAAUUAUAUUGUCCUCCAGAACAUGUGAUUGAUAUCAUUUUAAAAUAUGCUGAAGACCUGAACAGGUUGCUGGCAUCUUUUCAUCACCAGCUAAAGGAAGGUAGUUUGCAUUUGAUGCAAGAUAGAACACAUGGGGUAGAACGACGUUGGUUACUGCUACAAAGAUUGGUAAUUGCUGCAAGUAGUGGAUGUGAAGAGGAAAAUUUUGGAACGAAUGUCCAAAAUAAUUACCUCUCGGGAAAUUUAAUUCCUUCUUCAGCAUGGAUGCAGAGAAUUUCUCAUUUUUCUUGUUCGGUAUACCCUUUGGUUCGAUUUCUUGGUUGGAUGGCAGUAUCUCGUAAUGCAAAGCAGUAUAUGAAGGACCAAAUCUUCCUUGCGUCUGAUUUGUCUCAGCUGACCUAUUUACUUUCCAUUUUUGCUGAUGAUCUAGCUGUUGUUGAUGAUGUUGUCAAUAAAAGGUAUGAAGAGGUAAAAAUUGAAGAUUCACAGGUUGAACAUGGUUCUGUUGCUAAAAGAGAAUUUGAACGAGGUAAUCAAUGUGAUGAGGAACGAUCUUUUUGUGCAAUAUAUCCGGAACUGUGGAAGUUCUUUCCUAAUAUGAAAAGGCAAUUUAAAUCUUUUGGAGAAGCCAUUUUAGAGGCUGUUGGUUUGCAACUGAGAUCUGUUUCUUCCACUCUGGUGCCUGAUGUUUUGUGUUGGUUUUCUGAGUUGUGUUCAUGGCCAUUUUCUUUUGCUUCUUCAGUUGGGGGUGAUAAUUUAAAAGGUUAUAAUGCAAAAAAUGCCAGAGCAAUAAUCCUUUACAUACUUGAAGCUAUUAUAGUGGAACACAUGGAAGCUACGGUUCCUGAGACUCCUAAACUAGUGCAAGUGCUUGUGUCACUCUCAAGUUCUGCAUACUGUGAUGUGUCAUUUCUUGACUCUGUUCUGCGUUUGUUGAAGCCCAUCAUUUCUUAUUCUUUGUCCAAGACCUCUCAUGAUGAAAAGUUAUUGGAUGGUGAUUCCUGUCUUAAAUUUGAGGAAUUAUGUUUUAACAUUCUUUUUGUGAAACUAGAACAUAAGAGUGAGAUAGAACAUAGUUCUCAAGAUAAAGGAUACAAUACAGCACUGGCUAUUUUUAUUUUGGCUUCAAUUUUUCCUGAUUUAUCUAUUCAAUAUAGGAGGGAGUUUUUGCAGUCUUUAUUGAAUCUGGCAAACUUUGCUGCUUUUGCCCCAACAACUUCUUUUUUUGAUUAUCUCAGUGCAUUUCAAUUUGUUAUGGAUAAUUGCAAAUUAUUAUUAGUGAAUGCAUUAACAGCAUUUGGUGUGAUUCCUCUUCAGCUACCCCCUUAUCCUCAUGCAAAUGCUGGUGGGCUUUCUGAUGAUAACUUAAAACCAAAUCCAUGGUUUCUUAGUGAUGUCUGUCACACAUCAUGUGAGAAUGAUGUUCAUAAUGCAGAAAGUAACAACUCUACUGCUGAUGUUGGUCAUUGUCAUUUGCCUUCUGAUGAUUUAGAAGGCUUUUCUCAAGACAUAGAGGGUCUCAUUUCGAAGCUUAAUCCAGCUAUUGAGUGCUGUUGGAAUCUUCAUCAUCAAAUAAGUAGAAAGCUAACAAUAGCAUCAGCAGAAUGUUUUGUCUUUUCAAAAUGUUUGGCAUCAGUUUCUCAAAAAUUUCAUAAAGCUGAAGAUGAUGAUCAAAAUUCAUCACCAACUAAAUCAUCUGACAUGCUCACACAUCAUUGGAGAAUUGGUCUAAAAGGGCUUUGUGAAUUGAUUUCUAUGCUCCAAGAAAGCAGUUGCUGGGAAGUUUCUUGCUUGAUGCUUGAUUGUUUACUUGGACUACCCUAUAGCUUUUGCCUGGAUAGUGUGGUGGGCUUGAUAUGUUCCACAAUAAAGAAUGUUUCUUGUAGUGCACCAAAAAUCUCUUGGCGUUUGCAGAGUGAUAAGUGGUUAUCUUCUUUAAUUGCUAGAGGCAUCUAUAACAGUCAGGAAAGUGAGGUUCCUCUGAUAGAUCUAUUUUGUACACUGCUGGCCCAUGCUGAACCUGAGCAACGUAUUAUAGCAAUUAAGCAUUUGGGAGUACUUAUUGGACAGUGUAUGAGUGGGGAAAGCUUUGUGAUAAAUUCUAAAAUUUGCACUAACAUCAUUCCAAACAAGUUAGUUUUAUCCAUUCCUGAUUAUGUUCCAUCUCGUCUGGUUUCUAGUACGUGGGAUGAAGUUGUUGUACUGGCAUCAUCUGAUUUGUCACUACAAAUAAGGGUUCAUGCAAUGGCACUUCUUUCAAGUUACAUUCCAUUUGCUGAGCGCCAUCACUUGCAAUCUUUCCUUGUGGCAGCUGAUAGCAUUUGUUGUUUGUGUAAUACACAACCAUCGCAAGAUGGUCCUAUACUGCAACUUUCAUUAGCUCUUAUUGCUUAUGCUUGCUUGUACUCACCAGCUGAAGAUAUUUCUUUGAUUCCUCAAAAUUUAUGGGAAAAUGUUGAAACCUUAGGGUCAACAAAGCAUGAUGGCAAGCUUGGAGACCUUGAAAAGAGGACUUGUCAAGUGCUGUGUAGAUUGAGGGAUGAAGGAGAUGAAGCCAAAGAGGCCCUGAAAGAAUUACUUUCUUCAAACUCUUCAAAGCAGAAUGACCCAGACUUUGCUAAUACACGUGAAUCUAUUCUCCAGGUCCUUGGCAACUUAACCGCAGUUCACUCAUACUUUGAUUUAUUCUCAAGGAAAAUCGACCAAGAUGAUAUGGAGCUUGAGGAGGCUGAGUUGGAGCUAGAUAUUAUACAGAAGGAACAUGCAUUACCAGGACGAAUGGAGGAUUCCAAAGAUUGGAAUAAGAUUCCAGGUCUACCCUCCUCCAAAAAAGAUGUCUCAAGGCUUCAGCAAAUCAGAGACUGCAUUCGUUCGCUAGAAAAGUCCAAACUUAAAGAAGAUAUCAUAGCCCGCAGGCAAAAGAAAGUACUUAUGAGACAUGCCCGUCAAAAAUAUUUGGAAGAAGUGGCUUCACGGGAAGCAGAACUUAUGCAAGAACUUGAUAGGGAGAGAGCAGUUGAAAUUGAAAAGGAGCUGGAGAGACAAAGAUUGCUAGAAAUAGAGCGUGCUAAAACAAGGGAAUUGCGUCAUAAUCUUGAUAUGGAAAAGGAGAGACAAACACAGAGAGAACUUCAACGUGAAAUAGAGCAAGCAGAAUCAGGACUUCGACCAUCUCGGCGUGAUUUUCCUUCCUCCACUCACAGUAGUCGACCUAGGGAUAGAUUCCGCGAAAGAGAAAAUGGAAGAUCUGGUAGUGAAGGGAGCACCAGAGCUGGUAGUGGAAGCUUACAGCCUGAAAAUCCUUCCACCAGUUCAUCACCAACUAUAGUCCUUUCCGGAUCUCGGGCGUUCUCUGGACAGCUGCCUACUAUCUUACAGUCACGUGACCGGCAGGAUGACACCAGCAGCAUGUACGAAGAAAACGUCGAUGGAAGCAAAGAUUCAGGGGACACCAGCAGCAUUGGAGAUCCAGAGCUAGUAUCAGCAUUUGAUGGACAGCCUGGUGGAUAUGGUUCUCAAAGGCACAGUUCAAGAGGAGGCAAGGCAAGGCAAGUUGGCGAACGUAGAGACAGAGACAGCAGACGUGAAGGGAAGUGGGAGAGGAAACAUUCAUAGCUAGUCAGCAUGGAGUUGUGCAUUGAUCAGGUAUUUAUGUAUAUGUAUAUAAUAUGUGUUUAUAUAUUAUAUAUAUACAUGCACAAAGAGCAGCACCUACAUUGCCAACAGAACCAAACCUUUGAAUUGGACAUUUGUAGAAGCUUGAAUUCUACGCAGAACCAUGGGGAACAUGUCUCUUCGGGUCUGCUACAUUGUUUUAGAUCAUUAAGUAUGGCUGAACUAGAUGCUGGUCCAUAUUUUGGGCAACUGUAUUAGUUUCUGUACAAUAGUGUGUGUGACUGCCUAAUAGAUUAUUCCCAUGGCGAUAUACAAUAUCAAAAAAGUUCACCUUCAGCUGCAAUUUUAGUAUUUAUAUUUUCUUUGAAUCA